AUGUCCGAUAAUAAAUACACACCGGUGAUAGUUGAUCUAUUCACCCCCAAAGCGCCAAUUCGACAUCUCCCACAGGUGGACUUGCCUGUAGCUUUGCGUCGAACGCCAAAAAUUUCAGGAUUGGCCGACUUUCUAUUGCCUUUGAAGCAACAUGUUGAGGAGUUUAAAGAUUACAAGUCUCAGUUCUUGAGCAAAGAAUUGAAGCUCAAAAUUAAAGCACAGCAGAAUAAAGAGCACUUACAACGCAGUCUGGUCAAAUGGAACCCGGAAACUGAUCAAAACAUCACAGGAGACCCUUACAAGACAGUUUUCGUGGGGAGACUGGAUUAUAAAGUUAACGAAAUAGAAUUGCGCGAAAGAUUCGGACAGUUUGGCGAGAUCGAACAAAUCCGUGUGGUGAGAGACUCCUCUACAGGGAAAAGCAGAGGAUACGCUUUCAUAUUGUACAAAACAGAAAACGACGCCAAAUUGGCAUUCCAAAAAGGAAAUAGAAUGGUCAUCAACGACCGCGCAGUGGUGGUGGAUAUUGAGCGGGGAAGAGUUGUUAAGAAUUGGAAACCUAGAAGAUUGGGAGGCGGAUUGGGAGGACGCAAGAUCGUACAGAAACACAGACCAGCAGAGCAUCACGAGCCUGCUCCAAAAAUGUUGUAUCCUCCGCCAUCUUCUUACGGGAGAGGUAAUUAUGGUUAUAGAGGACGUGGUGGCCGGGCCCCGCGUCCCUAUGGUCAAAGACUUCCAAACAGAACCCCGUACAGUCGUCCUCCACGGUACUGA